AUGCAAGAUAUCGAAUUACAACGGAGAGGCUCUCCCCGUGAGGAUGACAGCUCGCCUAGGGGAAGAGAGAAUUUAGCGCUUCCACCAACGGACCGAGGCAAAGAUGCAUGGCUGACUCUAGCUGCCUGUUGUGUCCUGGAGGCAUUGGUAUGGGGGUUUCCAUUCUCCUUUGGAGUAUUCCAGGAGUACUACGAUCGUCAAGAAGCAUUUGCUAGAGAAAAGUCAACCAUCGCUGCAAUCGGCACGACAGCGACGGGCUUGAUGUACUGCACUGCGCCUUUUAUUUACGACCUCCUUCGCCGGUUCCCAGCCCACAGAAAGAUGCUUAGUGUGAUGGGGUACAUUGUCCUUCUAGCCAGCAUAAUUGGCGCCUCUUUUGCAAGAACAGCCUCUCAUCUCCUAGCGACGCAAGGUAUCCUCUAUGCCCUUGGUGGAUCGUUGCAUUACUUUCCUGCUUACAUAUAUCUCGAUGAAUGGUUUGUCCAACGAAAAGGCCUAGCCUAUGGGAUUUUCAUCGCCGGAGCUGGAAUCGCUGGUAUAGUGACGCCAUUCGCUAUGUCCUGGAUCUUGAAUAAGUGGGGAUUUAGAACAGCUUUGCGCACUUGGGCCGUUGUUUCCUUCGCCUUCACCUCUCCGGCUCUCGUGUUCAUGAAAGAGCGGGUACCUCAUCAUCAAACCCCCCAAGGCCCUACAAAAUUGAACUUGAAGUUCUUCAAAAGCCCAGCACUGUGGAUUUUGCUGUUGGGAAAUGUCAUACAAAGCCUCGGGUUUUUCAUUCCUACCUUCUACAUGCCGUCCUUUGCAGCGUCUCAGGGAUGGUCUACGCUUUCAGGAACCGUGGCCAUAGCGCUAUUCAGUGCUGCCAAUGUGGUCGGCGCUACUCUGAUGGGGUGGUUGGUGGAUCGCUAUCAUGUCACUUUCGCUCUUAACAUUUGCGCGGUGGGAACCGUCAUGGCCAUCUUUCUAUUUUGGAGCUUUGCUGUGUACAAGCCAAUCUUCUACAUAUUUGCGUGUUUGUAUGGUGUGUUUGCUGGUGGAUUUCCCGCUACCUGGUCAGGCUGCUCAGACGUGGUCAGACGAAGGUAUCGUGUGGAGACCGGUAUGAUCAUCGCUCUCUUUACGGCUGGUAAAGGCAUUGGUUCUGUGGUAUCUGGCCCGGUCGGUAGUAGCCUCGUUGCUAGUGAUACCUGGAAGAACCAGGCUGGAUUUUCAUAUGGUACGGGCUACGGCUAUCUCUUCGUAUUUUGCGGAGUUACAGCGUCGUUCACCACCAUCGGGUGGGUGGGUAAGAAGUGCGGGCUAGUAUAA